CAUCCGUUCUUCGUCUUCUUCUCUCUGAUCGGAGCUCUGAAAAUGGCCCUCUCCAAAUUCUCCGUCGCCCUCCUCCUCCUCCUCCUUUUCUUCUUUAACGGAGCAGAAUCGCAGUUUCUAUGUAAAAGCUCCUCCUGCAGUGGAGGUUUCUUGCCGGAAGUUCGAUUCCCGUUCCGACUGAAGAAUUGGCAGGAUUCUCGGUGUGGAUACCAGCCAGAUUUCGACUUGUUUUGCAACAAUCGAAACCAAACGAUUCUGAAUCUCCCGAACGCGGGAGACGUCAUGGUGGAGAUUAUCGAUUACAAAUUUCAGAGGUUAUGGAUCAACGAUCCGGAUCAAUGCUUUCCGAAACGGAUACUAAUGGAUUCUUUCAACCUAGAUAACUCUCCGUUCAUUUAUAAUUAUCGAUUGGAUCAAUUCACCGUUCUUAAUUGUUCCUAUUACGUCGAAACACUCCCGUUCGAUCGCGUACGGAGGAUCAAAUGUAUGAGCGGCGCAAACCACACUGUAAUCAAUGUUCCGGACAGAGACCUAAAGGCAGUUACGAAUCUUCUACCGACACCAUGUAAAGUGGUUGCGACGAAGAAGCUUCCGUUGACGGGAAUGGAGCUUGAAGAAGGAAUGGUGGUGAGGUGGAGUGAGCCGGAAUGUGGAAAUUGCGAGUUACGCGGUGGAGAUUGUGGAUUCAGAAGCAAUUCGAGUGGUGAAGUUGUGUGUUUCAAUCUUCCGAAGAGCGGUAUUCCACGAGGUGCAAAAUACGGCUUGAUCAUCGGCGUUGGGAUCCCGGGCGUUCUCUUUCUAAUCGGGUUGGUGUGUUACAUCUGCGGCAAGUGCAAAGCCUUUGCUCGGCCCAAUCGUCCAUCAUCAAACCUCUCCCUUUCAUUGGGCCACGAUCCCACUUCUACCAAAGCAGGCCUCGAUGGCCCAACAAUCGAAUCAUUCCCCAAAACAACAUUGGGCCAGAGUCGACGACUUCCCAAGUCCAACGACACCACAUGCGCCAUUUGCUUGUCGGAGUACCAAUCAAAGGAGACAAUUAGAACUAUACCAGAUUGUGGUCACUUUUUCCAUGUCAACUGUGUUGAUGAGUGGCUUAAAUUGAAUGCCACGUGUCCAGUUUGUCGAACCUCGCCGGAGGAUUCUUCCGCCACCUCCACGCCUUCUCAAUCAACGUCAUCCAUGUCUGUGUCGUUGCCAACGUCACCCCGAUCGUUAGCAUCGUUACCACGUAGUGACUAGGGAAGUUUGUUAAGUAUGGUUGUUUACAUGGUUUGUGUAUAUACGGGUUCGGAUGUUUGUGGUUUCAAUAUUAGGAUGAUUUUGAGUAUUUGACAAGAUUUAGCUUUUGUUUUUA